AUGCGUACAUUCCUUUUCUUCAUCGUUCUCCUCUUCUUCUUCUCCUCCUCCUCCGUCAUCUCCACCGUCUCCGCCCACGAAACACCAACAACAACACCCGCUACUCCAUCCACACAACAGCCUUCCACGCCAUCUAAAAAAGGCCGUGGUCGCCGCCGUCGCAAUGCAGCCAAAUUCUUCGGAUUCGUUCGUGCAAACCGCACAAUGUAUCUAUACAACCAAACCGAAUUAGCCAAGGAGUUCAUGCACGCGCACAACUGGGUGAGAAAGGAGUACAAGCUCCCACCUUUAGCAUGGAGCGAAAACCUCGCGAGCUUCGCGAGGAAGUAUCUCAUGGAAAGGUAUGAUGAUUGUAAACUGGUUCAUUCUACUGCGAAUUACGGGGAGAAUAUGUUCUGGGGGAAGAAACUGCACUGGACACCUUCUGAUGCGGUUUAUUACUGGUACAAGGAGAAAGAUUCGUUCGAUUUCAAUACGUUGAAGUGCGCGCCGCCACCGAAGCUUUGCGAACAUUUUACGCAGAUUGUUUGGAGAGAUUCUUCGCAUGUUGGAUGUGCAUUGCAGCAUUGCAAGAACGUUGGCACUGGGAUGCUUAUCGCGUGUGAGUAUGAUCCGCCGGGUAAUUUUGUAAACGAGAAUCCUCUCGUUCAUACUACUUAA